AUGGCUUCGGCAGAUAAGAUGGGAAAUUGGACGUGGACGAUGAUGGAAAAUGUCGUGGCACACGCUUCUGCGCUGUGCGCUGCUCGACUACUCACCCAACUACCUGGGGCGGUGUUGUGCCCGGUCAAGCCGUCAACACGCAAGUCAACAACGCGGCCAACUACAGCAUCGUGUGUAACGGUGUCUUUCAACUGCGGGAUGGAGAGACGGUGUACCCAGCCAAGUCAACAGCAACAACAAGCCAACCAACCAACACCGCGCACCACUACAGCAUCAUGUGUAACGGUGUCAUUCAACUCUGAGAUCGAGAUUGACAUUCACAUUGAGAGAAGUCCACUACUCUCCUCUCUACUCCUCUUUCAGCAAACCGGGGCACGCAGACAGACAGACGGCCCGGUUCCAGCAAGCCGCCAAACUACACUGGCUGGUCACGUCCACCCACGCACCCAUGCACCUAUCUUCUCCGAACACCUUCCGCCUAUCAUCAUCCCCUCCCUCCCCUUUCUUCCCCAACCCCCACCCCAGGAAAAUCCCAGCCAAUGGCACCACGAGGGUCCCUCGGACCAUAAGCGCCUGGGGUCGGGGGGCCGGGACAAGAGCGGUGGAAAGAGACCUUCCUCUCCUCCUCGGCGCCGCUCUGCCGAGGAGAGACGGCCGCAUGCCCAGUCACCCCCUCACUCGCUGUCAAUACUUGUGCUGGUCGUCUUGUUUGUCUGUGCGCGGAGAGGUUCCCACAUAUUUGCUACCGCCCGCCCGCUCGUCCGUCCGUCCGCUGCCGCAGAUGCCCCAGUCGAAAACGAUGGCGCUGGAGGCCAAAUGACGCGGCAGACGGGCUGGUGCGGUGGGUUCGCCGGACUACAAGUGGGAUAUGAUGGUUGUGGUGGUUAUGGAGAGGAUACAACAGUGCCGUUGUCUGAUACACCUGACUACCUACCUAGAGAUUGGAUGGGUGGAUUAACACGGCACGGCACGGCACACCUAUCGUAUCGACGGCUCGCGUCAUUCUUCCUCGGCCAAGAGAAGGUCAAAAUCGACGAAACGGGGGCGACGCCUGCCACGUUCUACUCGCAUUGUUCGCACAGCCACCCACACACCUUCUCGACGCGGGCUGGCGUUGUCGUCCCCUGGGAUGAGGGGAUGGGCACGCCGGCCUGGUGGACCAGCCCGCCACAUCCUGGCGACGAACAGCGAGACAGAAUUAGGUCCUGUUGA